GGCGCGUGCGCACAGGCGGCGGCCGUCCCUCGCGCCGGCAUGGCGGUGUGCGCUCGGCUCUGCGGUGUGGGCCCGUCGCGGGGGUGUCGGCGCCGCCAGCAGCGCCGGGGCCCGGCCGAGACCGCGGCGGCCGACAGCGAGCCGGACACGGACCCCGAGGAGGAGCGCAUCGAGGCGGGCGCGGCGGCCGUGGCGGGGGCGCCGGGCGGUCGGGGCGCGGGCCCGCAGCCGCCCCCGCGCUGCUCGCUGCUGGAGCUGCCGCCCGAGCUGCUGGUGGAGAUCUUCGCGUCGCUGCCGGGCACCGACCUGCCCAGCCUGGCCCAGGUCUGCACCAAGUUCCGGCGCAUCCUGCACACCGACACCAUCUGGAGGCGGCGCUGCCGGGAGGAGUAUGGCGUUUGCGAGAACCUGCGGAAGCUGGACAUCACGGGCGUGUCUUGUAGAGACGUCUAUGCCAAGCGUAUAAACCCUCGCGUGAAGUCGGGACGUUUCAUGAAAAUUCUUCCCGAUUACGAGCACAUGGAAUACAGAGAUGUUUACACCUGCCUGCUCCAUCGGUACCGACACAUUCUGGGAUUGUGGCAGCCGGACAUCGGGCCCUACGGAGGACUGCUGAACGUGGUGGUGGAUGGCUUGUUCAUCAUCGGCUGGAUGUACCUGCCCCCCCAUGACCCACACGUGGACGACCCGAUGCGAUUCAAGCCUCUGUUCAGAAUCCACCUGAUGGAGAGAAAGUCGGCCACUGUGGAGUGCAUGUAUGGCCACAGAGGGCCGCACAACGGCCACAUCCAGAUCGUGAAGAAGGAUGAGUUCUCCACCAAGUGCAACCAGACGGACCACCACAGGAUGUCUGGCGGGAGGCAGGAGGAAUUCCGAACGUGGCUGCGGGAGGAGUGGGGGCGGACGCUGGAGGACAUCUUCCACGAGCACAUGCAGGAGCUCAUCCUCAUGAAGUUCAUCUACACCAGUCAGUACGACAACUGCCUGACCUACCGCCGCAUCUAUCUCCCGCCCAGCCACCCGGAUGACCUCAUCAGACCCGGCCUCUUCAAAGGCACCUAUGGCAGCCACGGCCUGGAGAUCGUCAUGCUCAGCUUCCACGGGAAGCGUGCCCGAGGCACGAAGAUUACGGGUGACCCGAACAUCCCCGCCGGGCAGCAGACGGUGGAGAUCGACCUCAGGCACCGCAUCCAGCUGCCCGACGUGGAGAGCCUACGCAGCUUCAGCGAGCUCUCCCGCCUCGUCCUGGACGUGCGGGAGCGGCUGCGCCAGGAGCAGCAGCAGCAGCAGAGCGGGCUGGAGGACGGCGAGGCCGGAGGACGGCAGAGCCCCCGAGAGCCCCAGCGGGGCCCUGCGCAGCCCGGCGCGGAGCUGCCUGCCGAGGAGGUUGGGGAGGCCGGGGGAGCCGAGGCCGCGGGUGCCCAGCCUGGGCAGGGACAGCCCUUUGUGUUGCCUGUGGGCGUGAGCUCGAGGAACGAGGACUACCCCCGCACCUGCAGGAUGUGCUUCUACGGCACAGGCCUCAUCGCCGGCCACGGCUUCACCAGCCCCGAGCGCACCCCUGGGGUCUUCAUCCUGUUUGACGAGGACCGUUUUGGGUUCAUCUGGCUGGAGCUGAAAUCCUUCAGCCUGUACAGCAGGGUGCAGGCCACUUUCCGGAAUGCAGAGGCGCCGUCCCCGCAGGCCUUCGAGGAGAUGCUGAAGAACAUCCAGUCCCUGACCUCCUGACGGGCCGCCUCCCUGCGGCGCCCCCGCGG